AUGAUGAGGGUGACUUCAUGUUUGAGUUAGUUCCCUCCAGUACAACGUGUUUUCCAUGACCACCUGGCCACGUCUUCUUUGAUCAUGAUGCUUUCCUUAUGUUCCAUCCACUUUUUUUGAUAUUCCAACUCUUCCUCUUCCUCUCUGCUCUUGCUCUCUUCCCGAACAGGCUGUCACGCUCAUCUUCUACCUGCUGGCCUUCCUGCUCCUCCUGCAGAGGUUCUGGGCUUAUAUCGGCUUCUUCAUCUGCACAUAACAAAGGCUCAAGAUUCACACUCUCACUCUGGUGCAAACCUGCGGGCCAUGGCCACGAUAGCUCAUGCAGUGUCGAGUUUCUUCUGACACCCUGAGGUUGACUGGUGUUAUUACUCCUCGUUCAAUUAGAACCCCCCUUCUUAUUACCUGGUUAUUAUCCCAGCUACUCUGGGCUUGAGGCAACAGACACCCGGUACUGUAUACGAUCAUGGUGGUAGUGAAGCUGGGGUCAUCAUUUGUUUUCACGUUUGUGUUUUCAUCUGCUGGAGGCACUGGUAUUGUCAGACAUAAAUCUGAUUUUUGUCUACAUUGUUGUGUGUGACUAAGCUGCGAUCUCUCAGAGAAGAGACCACAUCAGUUCGUGAGGAUGGAUUAUACUUUGUUUUAGCAUGACAAUUCAUCCCCCAAAAUUGAGGAUAUUUUGAACCUUUUUGAUGUUAUUAAAACUCUGCUCAACGCCGGUCAAAUAGACACUAAGAGCGUUCGUUUAAAUUUGAAAUAUAAAGGCGGCCAACUUUAUUUUGAAAUCCUCACCGGAUGCGCUACAUUUCGUCAGCGAGCAGACGGUUGGUGUUUGGGCAGAGCUGCUGACAGUCGGGUUGUUGACGACUUUCAGUUUGGAAGCAGUCGUUGUAACAUUGCUCUUUCUAUCGAGUGAACUGUUCGGUUUGUCAUUUCUCCUCACCGUUUGAUACAAGAGUGUUUCCUGCGCUGCCAGACCUGACGCCAUGGACCCCGCCAGUCAAGAUAUCAAUUUGAACUCUCCCAACAAAGGUCUUGGUGUGGAUCAUUCUGACAGCUUGUCUGAUGUGCCAGUGGAGGGAGCAGUGGGAAACUCCACCAACCCUCUCCCACCAGGCCUGACGGAAGAGGAGGCAGAGGAGCUCCGCAUUGAACUCUCCAAGGUGGAGGAGGAGAUCAACACUCUUCGUCAGGUUCUGUCAGCCAAGGAGAGACACGCCACAGAGCUCAAGAGGAAACUCGGCCUCAGCCCGCUCAAUGAGCUCAAGCAGAACCUCACAAAGAGCUGGCAAGACGUGCAAACAUCGAAUGCAUAUCUGUCUGCCUCAGCCACUUUGGAUGACAUUACCCGCUCGGAAGCGUACAAAAAGACUCAGGAGACUCUCUCCCAGGCCGGACAGAAGACCAGUGCGGCGCUCUCCACAGUGGGCACGGCCCUCACCAAGAGGCUGGGCGACAUGAGGGCGCUACCCUUCUCUAAUUCUUUUAGUAGCAACUAUUCCAUUCGCCACUCGAUAAGUAUGCCCGCCAUGAGGAACUCUGCUACUUUCAAGUCAUUUGAAGAUAAAGUUGGGAACCUGAAGUACAGGGUCGUGGGCCCCAAGGGGAACGGCGACGCGGUGGGCUCCCCGACUGACACCACCCCAACUCAGGAGAACCCGCCUUUCUGAAGCCACUCCACCUCACCGCCACCUGCCCCACAACCUGAGACUGUACUGUUUUCACCUCCCCCUCCCUCGAGUCCCGACCCCGGGGUCUGAAACCAUUGAAGCGAGACGAGGUGCCACCACUGCAGCUCUCCGAGCCUUCAUCUCUCUGCCUUUUGCCGAAAUCAUUCACUGAUCUUGCCUUGUUACAUCACCUGCGUUCCCGUCUUCGAUCUACUCAGGUCACGUGCUCCUCCGAUGGCUCUUGUUUUCCGUCACCACGAGACAUCGAUCAUUCAACGGCGUGAAUGAAUUGGACAGAUUUGAAGCUAUUGUUUGUGCAGCCUGAGACGUCGACCCACUUGCUUCAGUUAGCACUGUGAGCACCUCCGAAAUUCACCCCUCAAACCCCCCCGUCUCUUUGUUUCUACCCGUAGACUGACGAGCACCACAGUACGUGCAUGUGCAUAUCAUCUCAGCUCGACACACGACAGUGUGCGGCACACAUAAAGCAUCCCUGGAUAAAAGUUGCAAUUUGUAUGAUAAAGAAUUUUUCACUGCUUUGCAUAAUGUUUUUACAUAACUUUUAACAACCUGUACAAAUGUAUAAUGCUGCUGAGGGGAGGCGCAAUUGGAAGCAGUUUAGCUGGUAGAAUUGGACUGUUUUAUACUCCAGAAGUGGUGAAGCCAAACUCCGUGGCCUGCCAUGAUUCAGCGACACCUCAGAUGACUAGACGCUUGCACUCAUACACUGGUGGGUUUCAGCACUCUGUGGGCCUUCGUCACCUCAGUGGUGAUGAGUCCAGGUAUUUUUGUAUAGUUGUAUAGACCGGGUGGUUUGAGGAAGGGGGCGCGAGAGUGGAGAGCCUGAUCGGAACGAAAUGGACUUGUAGAAACUUGCACUCCUGAAACACUAAUAGCUUGUCGCCCUGAUGUAGCACAGAGGAUCUGUCUUUACGAUCAAACUGGUCCAUGUUCCUGUUCACACUCCCCAGUGGCUCCCGAGCUCUGUGUGUGGGUUACUGCACACAACUCAGUUGAACAUCGCAUGGCAGUGAUCCACACUUCUACUAGAGUCCAGUGAGUAACCGUUUGCCAAAUCUCUCACAAGCGCUUCACAUCUGUUGCCAGUGCGUCCUUUCGUCAAAUACAUCGUGUUGAUUCUUGCUAACUGUCUUCUCUUUAGAUUUGAUUUGCUUCUGCUGGGAGGAGUUUUGUGUCAUUCAGCCAAGCUGUUUAUUUGCCAUCGUGUUGCAUCAUUUGCCAAUAUUUCAAAGUCUGUUACAAAUGCAAUUCACCGUCAUGAAAGAACCAUGAUUUGGUCAUUUUAUUGAGUCACGUUUUUCCAGGCCGGACAGGAUGGUUUCCCUCAUACAUGAGUUCCACAAUGGUAGAAUGGUGGACUCAUGUAUAAAAAAGGACUGUUGUGCAGUGUUCCUGUCAUGUUUGCAACGGAGACAAAUAAAAUUGGAAGAAGAUAAUGCUUUUAUAAUUGUGGCUUUAAUUUCCCAGAGACCAUCCGAUGCAGAAGCUGAAUGUAGAACACGCAUAGCUUUACUUCAGGUCCUGGACCUCACUGAUGUAGAAAAUGAAAGGGAUCCGAUUUGGGAAAAAUACAGAAAACUAAUAAGUGAAUAAUUAGGUUUUGUUGUACAUGUUAUCUAUGGUAUGUGCAUAUCAAUAAAGCAUUCCUUUAAGAGGCA